AUGCAGAAGCUUGCCCAAGAGACGAGAGAGGCUAUCGCGUCCUAUGUCUCUACAAAGCCAGAUUUGUCAUCUUUGUGCAUGACGAAUCAUGCCUUUGCCAAUGCAUGUCGACGAGUUCGUUACGCUACCAUCCACCUUUCCGAAGCGCCUCCCUUUCCUCCAUUGUUCUGUGCGGGUGACAUCAAAGGAUAUAGCCACCGGUGUCUGGGGACCGUGGUAGCCGUCAGUCGUGCAAUACGUUGUGAUUUCCCUGAAGUCGGCAAAAACAUUCGCAGGAUUGUCUUCUUCACCGAAUAUCUCAAGACAAUAGAUGUAGAUGCUUUAAUCCAGCUAAUAGAAACAGCACCAUCUGUGAUGGAAUUUGUGUUUGUGGGCACCGACCUUGGCUUUUUCAUGGGCUCACUCAGAUUGCUGCUAUCGUCCAUGAAGAUGCUGUUAACAUUGAGGUUUAAAGGUUGUUCCAUUUCCACCCAGACGCUAAAUGCGAUAGUACAAGCAUCGCUGCGUUUGACCACCUGCGACUUCGGGUGUACCAACGACUACAAUAUCACCAUGGACGAUGUGACGGUGGAUACCCACAUCGCUUUGGUGCAAGGAGAUCUGGCUCUAGGGCUCUUACAACGAUCCCUCAGGACGCUGCCAUUGCCUUCACUUGAAUUCAUUCAACUGCGCAUUCUAAACAUGCCUAAAUCGUGGUGUCCUGGACAGUGGGUUGGAAAGUCUCCCGACUACCUUUCGAUGCUGGAUAGCAUCCUGUGUGACAUUGUCCACCCCAGAUCCUUUCGAGGUAUGGUCGUCUGCGUAACGUUUUACACGGUUGUUACCGAGAGCUUCCGAGAGAAGAGAGAAGCACACACGUGCUCAAACCCUUCGCUGCUAAUUCUGCCUGUUAUCUUUCUUGGUGACAAUACACUCAUGGAUAAGCUCUCCCAAGAAAUCAUCGACCAUAUUGUCCAUUUCCUGACAUCGAAGCCAGACUUAGACAACUGCUCUCUCGUUCACCGAUGCUUCCUCUCUGAAUGUUGCCGCAUUAAAUUCCGUACCAUCUCCGUUAACGAGACCAUCCCGUGUCCUACCGGAUAUGUAUGGAUUUUGGAAACCACACGUUGGACAGCUAAAGAAGCGGCGGAUAACCUUCAACGGUAUUAUCCAGAUAUCCAUCGUUACGUCAGGGUGGUGCGUUUUUGUGGAGGGUCGGUCAAGAAAGAGGAUGUUGCAGGGCUGAUGGAGCUGUUCGUCCAGCUACCCCUUGCGACAUCCUUCAUUCUUGAAGGCUUUAGUGGAGACAGUGUUACUUUACCACAGUUGUCGGAACCCCUUCGGAAAAUUGAGUCGCUAACAUUCAGUCGAGGCAUUGUUUUCGCCGAUGAUCUCAAUAACCUACUGCCAGUCGAUGUCACAGCAGACGACAUAUCUCCGGAGACCCAUGUAACUUUGGCAUGUCUCAGGUCACUCGAUCUUUCUAUGCCAGAAGUAGAAGAUGAUUCCGUGCAGGAGAACUACGAAUGGUUGCACUCGAUAUGGUUACCCACAAUAUCUGAACUACGCAUACAUUCCUAUUGUGAAUGGUGGUGCGAAAGGGCAAAUUUCCUCAUGGAUGGACUCGGGCCCGACUCUGUCCAUUGUCACAGGCGACAACGGUCUCAAAAUGCUGUCGCAUUCCUUACGCAGCAUUCCGAGGCCUACACUACGCAAUAUCAACUUAAACCUCAUACACUUUCCAUGUCGUUGGAACCCGGAAUCCCUAGCUGA